AUGGACAGCGCUUUCCUCUCCUCUGCUCUGGUCAAAGUCCCCAGUGGCGCUUGGUUCACCAUCACGUUGUCAGCUGUUCUCGCUGCUCUAUUCAUUCUCUGGCGCUUCGGUAAAGAGCAGCAGUGGCGUGCCGAAAGGCAAGAUCGCCAGCCACUUUCUCACUAUGUCAAAGUCGAAGAGCAGAGCAGACUUCGUCUUGCCACUAAUAGUGAGGGCAAGGGAGGCGAGGCACUUUCGAUCACCAAAGGUCUUGGUAUCUUCUUCGACAAAGGGGGCGAGAAGUGCCCUAUCAUCUUCAGUCAAUUCGUCAGCAAGCUGGUCAGCAAGCCCGACGUCACUAUCUUCUUCCACCUUAGGCCGCUAGAAUCACCGACCGUACCCGAAGACGAGCGAUACAUUGUACAAAAGCUGGACAGAUUGCCGAACUGCUUCCGUGUGGUCGCCCGGUAUGGGUACAUGGACGAGGUCGUGACUCCAGAUUUGGCGUCACUCAUCUAUGGCCGAAUCAGAGAUUACAUCAUUCGCGAACAUGCUCUCCAAGAUCGCAUCCACCCAGGCACAACACCAACAGCGACUGCCUCGAACGCAUCACCAAUCCAAGACGAGAAGUCGCCAUCUCGAGACCAGCCGCCGAGGGAGGUUGCACUGCAUGCUAAUACCGGAGAGUCAAUGCCGCUGGACCUUCUCCACCUCCAGCAAGCUUACGAGCAUCGUGUCCUAUACAUUAUCGGCAAGGAAGAGAUGCACGUAGCCCCCAAUACGAAUCUCUGGCGAAGGCUACUGCUGAAGAUGUUUCUCUUUAUACGCGAGAACACGAGGAACAAGAUGGCGAAUGUGAAAGUGCACACGGAUCGUCUGGUGGAGAUUGGCUUCGUGAUGGACGUUUGA